AUGCAUCCUUGUCAUCAGCAGGAUGGACAUACAACAUUCAACCAUGACCCUGAGAGUGGCAUCGCCGAAAAGAAGGAAGAGUCCGAUUCUGAGCAUCAGCUGCCAUGCCAAACUGUGAACCCUUCGAGAGAACAGCGCCUCAGCGAGGGGCUGGCGAAUAGAGAUGAAUCGUCCGCCCUGCCUGUCGAGUCUUUGGACUGGUCUGGUCCUGACGACCCCGACGAUCCGUACAAUUGGUCUACAUUGAAAGCAGCUUACCACACAACGGUUCCGGCCGCCUUCGGAUUUGCUGUCACAUUCGGCACGUCUGUGUAUUCGCCCGCAAUCGCAGACGUGAUGCGUGAUUUCCAGGUAUCACGCACCGCUGCACUCGUCGGAGUCACACUCUAUACGCUCGGUCUUGCGUUUGGUCCAAUCUUCACCGCACCCUUUAGCGAAAGACAAGGCAGAAAACCCGUCUACUUAUUGUUCUUUCCCAUAUUCAUGCUCUUUACACUUGGUGCAGGCUUCUCGAAAAGUUAUGCUAGCCUAAUAGUAUGUCGGUUCUUCGCAGGUUUAUCGGGUAGUCCAGCGCUUGCUGUUGGCGCUGGGACAAACGCAGAUCUAUAUCCACCACACAAGCGCGCCUUGACUACAAGCUUGUUUUUGAUGGCCCCCUUCGCUGGACCCUCAAUUGGACCUGUUGUUGGAGGGUUCGUGGCGCAGUACAAGACUUGGAGGUGGACACAAUGGUGCAUGCUCUUCCUUGCAGUAUUCGUCUACGCCAUCGCUCUACCGAUGGAUGAAACCUACAAGCCAAUCGUUCUCAAAAAGCGAGCAAAGAAGCACGGAAUUGCAACGAAGCAGGAAACCCCCGAUCUAAAAAGCGAGAUACUUAUGAGGUUCAUUCGGCCCCUCCAUUUGAUCUCAACAGAGUCUGUAGUGUUCUUCUUCUCACUUUACACGGGUUUCGCAUUUGCGGUACUGUUCCUAUUCUUUGCAGCUUUUCCCUACGUCUUCACACGACCGCCCUACUCUUUUACGCCCUCUCAGUCUGGCCUCACAUUCAUACCUAUCAUGAUCGGCGUCUUUCUUGGAUGUGUGACCACCAUCGCCGUCGAUCGCAUGAUCUACCAGAAAAAGUAUCGAGAGACCAUCGCGAGGGGCAAGUCACACGUCGACCCUGAGCAUCGCCUGUAUACUGCAAUGUUUGGCAGCUGGGGUAUGGUCAUUGGCUUGUUCUGGUUCGGUUGGUGUGCGGAUCAGGGCGUUAACUGGGUUCCCACUGUGAUAGGAGUUAUACCGUUUGCCUGGGGAAAUAUUUGCGUUUUUACAUCUUCUGUGCUGUACCUUGCUGAUGUAUAUGGUGCGACGAACGGCGCAUCAGCUAUAGCGGCCAAUGGAAUAGCCAGAUACAUGCUUGGGGCGGUCUUCCCACUUUUCACCGUGCAAAUGUAUGAUGCUCUCGGUAUUGGCUGGGCGACGUCUCUGCUCGGCUUCCUCUCACUAGGAAUGGUACCCAUCCCGUUCCUUUUCUUCAAAUACGGACCCGCAAUUCGUGCCAAGAGCAAAUAUCCACCGCAAUUUGAAUAA